AUGGAUUCGGAUCGAUCCGGCGGGGAGCGCCAGGUUCGCCCCCCUUCCUGGCGCGUGUCCAUCCAGGAGUUCAUGGUUUUCGCACGGCGCCACGCACCCGCCAAGCCGGGGACUCAUUCGCUGAGCCUUUCCCUGUCCAUGAGGCCCGAGGAGCAGGCGCCCAAGCAGGUGCUGGCCGCGCAGCUGCGCGAGGAGGAGCAGCUCUUUGUGAUCCGCACCUUGGAGACGGCGCUGCAGUGCUACUUCAGCCGGCGAGGCUUGCACUGCCGCAACGGCUGGGAGACCUUUUUCCAGGACUGCGGCGCUGACAGGUGUGGGCGCCUGAGCCUGGAGAAGUUCGCUCAGGGCCUCAGGCAGCGGCUGCUGCCUCUUCCCGGCAUCGAAAGCCAGGAGGACACCGCGCGCCCGGUGGUGAGAGGAGUCAGUCUGGAGGAGUUGAAUACCAUUUGGUCGCUCUUCCAGCACAAGGGCUUGGUCUCCGCCAAGGACUGGGCGCUGGGAACGUACCGCCUGGAGUUGCAGUCCUGGCCGGAGGUGGUGGAGCCAACCUUGCGGAGCACCGUGCGAUCCCUGAAAGCUCGCGCCGACCGGGUGCACCAAAGCCCGGACAACUGGUAUCGGGUCUUCUGCACCGCCACGGGCGACAGCUCCGUGAGCUUCGCGGACCUGAAGUCCGCCAUCCGGCGCGCGCUGCCCGGCCUGGGCCUCUCGCCGCGGGACUUGCCCACCGACAGGCUUCGCAUGCUCUGGCGCGCACUGGACUCGUCCAGGACGGGCUUGGUGAGCCGCGGCAGCUUCAUCGCCGGGCCCUGUAUUGUGCUGGCAGCGGGCUUGACGGACUGCAAGCACGGCGACUGGGACGCAGAUGCCCAGAGCUGCAAGUGUUAUGAAGGUUGGGCCAAGUCCUCAGUGACAGACACGAUGAACUUCCUGUCAGGAGUUUGCGAUCAGUAUCAGUGCUUCAGCGAUGAGAAGUGCGAGAGUCAUUUGGGCUCAGGCACAACCUGCCCCGUGCACGGCUGGAACUGCUACUGCGGCUGGUCAUCUGCAUUGGCCAACGGAGGGCAUGGCUUCGAGACCGAGGGUAAAGGGGGCGGCGCCUGCAUGGGUGUGAUGUUCACCUUCUCAGUUUGGGCGACGCAGAAGUGCGAAGCCUUCAUGGCGUACUCCUGGAAGAUUUUCCUGGCAGCUGCGCUGAUCUGUCUGCCCUUGGGCCGGAAGCGGGUCAUUUGCGACCACCACAUGCCUUCCAUGUGGCGCAGCCUGCGCCUUUCCUCAGAGGUUUGCCACGGGGAGUGCUUGGCCAUGGACCAGUACAGCUACACCAUGUUCAAGGAUGACUUCGCCUGGUCUUUGUACGUCUUGGACCUGGGCCUUUGGGCCUACAUCUUCCUGGGGGUUAUUUGGGCCGUGACGCUCUUCAUUUGGUCCGUGGUGCUGUGGGCCAUGGUGAUCCUGGUCUUCUGUGGAGUGCUGGUGGCCGGAAUCUUCGCGAGCUGCUGUGAGGGCGGCAAUGCGGACUGCGUCGGAUGCAACUGUGCCUGCGACUGCGGAGGCUGCGGUUUCCCGACGGUGCCUUCCGCUGCCCCCGGCAGUAUCGACUUCUUCUACUGGGGUGGCCCCUUGGGCCCCGCUCCCGGUGUGGACUGCAAUUGCUGCAGCGGUUGCAACACCUACACCUGCGGUUCCUGGCGCAGCUGCUGCCUGUGUUGCUGGCCCAUCGCCUGGCUCUUGUUGGUAUUCCCCCGGGCCCCUGAGAACUGCUGGGGCGGUCUGCUGGGGCGCCUCUUCGGCACUCACCCCCUCACGGCCCCGGAGAGGCUCUACCCCGGCGGGAACUGCGUGGUGGAGUUCUUCGGCAUGGCCUGGCGCCGAGGCGCGGAUUUGCACGCGGAUGAGGAGUGGAGGACUCAGGUCUACAACUUCCUGGCAGGUCCGGAGGAGGCGGAAGUGGGGAGAGCCCAGAUGAGCUUGGUGCAGGACGGCGAGCUGCGCCCGGUGAUGCCCUUGGGUCGCAACAGCCACGCCAUCCUCAUCAACCGGCCAUUCGACAAGGUGGGCGACUCUUGUGUCGAAUCCUCCUACAAUGACUACGCCAAGAACCAGUGCUGGAUCUGCCAGGAUGACACGCGCACGGAGUUCGAUCUCUGGCUGGGCUGCCAUCACAUCUUCUGCAGCAAGUGCUCCACGGAGAUGUUGAAGCGCCACAUGCCCUGCCCCUUGUGUCGGGUGGCCUCCACCAGCGUGCUGCGGGGCCAGUCCUGUACCCAGGGAAAGCUUGCCGGAGGAUGUGCUGCCACUUCGGUUGUACGGCGAUGGCGCGGAGGCGCACAGCUUUGCGGGGAACCCCACGCUGCUGUCCCCGAGCAGGGCCAGGACCAUUCCCAAUCCAAAAGGUGCAAAGCUGCUUGCCCCGCCACAGCAAGGCCCCUUGCUGUAGCUCGAUCGCGAGCCCUGCAAGAAUUCGAGUGGCUGUGUGGCAAAACCAUCCGGGCGUGCGGCGUUUUCGUUUUUUGGUAG